AUUCCCACACUUGUCACGGUGUGUCCGAGUUGCACAACAUGGCUCUGUCGUCGCCACUUCAGAACCUCUCCGCACUGAUCGCUGCCAGCGCCAAUGCCGCCGCAGCGCCGCCGAGAAGGCGGAGCUGGGCGGUUGACGCGGCGGCGUCCGACACAAGCACCGCGCCGGUGCAGUUGGGUGGGUACGAAGAAGGGAAGCUGGAGCGACCGAAGUGGGUUGGGGAAACCCCUCUUUCACGUUUGGUCCAAACUCUCAUCUCCUUCAAGCCCCUUUACUCUAUCCUCAAGCUUGGUGCUAGACGGGCUUUGAUAAGUACAGCUGAGAAGAACAACAUACCUUGGAGGGAAAUGGCGAAAGAGAUUUUAGAGUCAGAAGUGUAUAGGGAGAUGGACAGCAUUCAAAACCAGUCUUUAGUGUACCCUGAUUAUUAUUUAAAUCCAUUCCAUGCAUAUGAAGAGGGCAAUCUUACAUGGCUGGCGGCAGCAGAAGCAGAGGCUGCUACAAUGUCAAUGGCUAGAAGAGCACUUCCAGAUGCUUCUUCUUUAGAGGAAGCAAAUCAGAUACUGCGUGGCAAUUGGCUUCGUGCAAUUGAACAACACCAUACACAGUAUUCAGAAUCAUCUGUGAUUAGUGACAUUCUAGAUAUUGGAUGCUCGGUAGGUAUAAGCACAAGAUAUCUUGCGGACAAGUUCCCCACAGCAAAAGUCACCGGGUUAGAUCUGUCACCCUAUUUUCUAGCUGUUGCUCAGCAUAAGCAAAAGAAAGAAACGCCGAGAAAAUUUCCUAUAAGAUGGAUACAUGCAAAUGGGGAAGACACAGGCUUGCCUUCUGAAUCAUUCGACCUUGUUUCUAUCGCUUUUGUGCUUCAUGAAUGUCCUACAAGAGUUAUGGUGAAUCUAGUGAAGGAAGCAUUCCGUCUCCUUCGGCCUGGAGGCACGCUAGCUUUGACAGAUUUUUCGCUGAAGUCAAAGGUUCUUCAGGAAUUGUCUCCGGUCCUGUUUACAUUAGUUAAGAGCACAGAACCCUUUCUGGAUGAGUAUUACUUGACUGACAUGGAUCAAACACUGAGGGAAGCUGGUUUUGUGAACAUAACAUCAAUUCUUACGGACCCCAGACACGUGACAAUUACGGCAACAGUGCCUCAAUGAAUCACCACAUCUUCACAUUUUUUUUAAUUUAUAUUUUUCUUGGUACAUAAACAUCUUAUGCUGGGCUUCAAGCAAUUCAGCCCUUGGUAGAAUAUUGAUUAAAUUAUGCAUCUAUGGGCAACGAUCUGUUUUUACCUAUUAUUAUUUGGUUGAGGAAUGAUAGCAGUAAUUUGUCUCACACUUAUUAACCGAAACUUAUUAGAUAUCAUAAAUUUUGUUGA